AUGCCACGUGCCAGUGCCCAUCAGUGCCACAUAUCACUGCCUACCAGUGCACAUCAAUGCCACCCAUCAGUGCCAGUCAGUGCCACCUAUCAAGGCCAAUCAGUGCUACCUAUCAGUGCCAGUCAGUGCUGCCUAUCAUUGUGCAUCAGUACCACCUAUCAGUGCCAGUCAUUGCCGCCUAUCAGUGCCAUAUAUGAGUGCUGCCUUUCAGUGGCCAUCAGUGAUGCCUGUCAAUGCCCAUCAGUGCCACCUACCAGUGUCUCCUCAUCAGUGCCACCUAUCAGUGCCCAUCAGUGCUGCCUAUCAGUG